UCUCACACACACACUAUCUCUCUCUCUCUCUCUCUCUCUCUCACACACACACACACACUAUCUCUCUCUCUCUCACACACACACUCCUGUCCCACCCACUUCUCUACGCCGCUGGAUAAGACCCUGUUUCUGAAGUCUCUGAACCAAAGAUUACGAUUUCUGUCUUAUUUAUCGGUCGGUUUGAGAUUCAGAAACCAGAAUGUCUCACACUGUCAUACCCAUGAACUCUUCAACGCUCGUCGUCCAGUUUCAACCAGCAACACAAACAGCUCAUGUUACGACAGCGACAAAUGCUCCUGUGCCUGUUUAUGUACAACAGGUAGCAGGAGGUUCACCUCUUCAAGGACUUCAGGCAUUUCUGAAAGGACAACCAAAGGCCCUCGGGACGGUCCAGAUAAUGAUCGGUGUGUGGACUCUCCUGUUAGGCAUUGUGUGUUCAGUUUAUGCAGAACCCAUCUUUGUCUAUAGUGGUAUUCCUUACUGGGGAUCUCUCAUCUACAUUACCGCAGGCGCACUCUGCAUUGCUGCAGAAAAUAAAAUGAAUUCACCCUCCAGUUUGUGUUUGGUGAAUGCUUCACUCGGAAUGAGCAUUUUCAGUACUAUAACCGCAGGCAUUGCCAUUAUUUUACUUUCACUGGAUUUGGUUAUAGGUCCACACAGUUACUGCUACGACGGUGGCUGUUAUUCCACGAGACAGUAUGCUACUCUCUUCAGUGGAACCAGAGGUGUGUUGUUGGUAUUUGCCGUGCUUGAGUUUAUCAUCUCCAUCUGUCUGUCAGCAUUUGCCUGUAAAGCCGGCGCCUGCUGUUGUGUUUCUCAGGUGCAGUUUGCCCAGGUUUUACCACCACAGCCCUCUGAUUUCAGGCCCAGUCAUGUCCAUGAUCUUAACAGCUCAGAGAUACCUGUGGUCAGCAGCUCCUCCAUUCAUCACCAUCCUGCAGACGCUCCUCCACAGUACAGUGAAUUCAAGCAAUAUGAAUAAGUGGGCUGUGUUACCUUAUGAAACAAAAAAUAUAUGGGAAUGUAUUAGAAAAUAUAAUGCAAUAUAUUAAAUAAUAUAUUUCUAUAUAUUGUUAUCUUAUAUUCUUAAACAUACUGCAAUAUAUACUGCACCGCAAUUUUACAUGUAAUAGCUUUAUUAAAACACUCAAUUUCUGUUUCAAGAGUUAUUGCUUAAGUUUACAUAUAGCUGAACACUCACAUUUCUCUCACUUUAUUGUUUGCAUAGUAACAUUUCAUAUAUGAAAAUAAUUGAAAUAUAAAAGAAAACUGUACUGAAAAGACAUUAAAAGUUUUGGACUUUUAGACGUCUUAUUAAAAUCAUG